AUGCGAUUCGGUCCAUCUAAGCCAUGGUUUGGCCUGCGCGGCGGCUGGCUCACCUUCUGGGUCACUGUCGCUUGCGCAACGGACAUGACCCUGUUCGGUUAUGACCAAGGUGUCUUCGGUGGCGUCGUCGUCACAAAGGACUUCCUCGACACACUACAACUCAACGACAACCCCAAGCUCCUAGGAACCGUCACCGCCAUCUACGACGUCGGCUGUUUGGUGGGAGCCAUCGCGGCCAUGUGGCUCGGUGAACUCUGGGGUCGAAAGAAAUCUAUCAUGUGGGGAACGACUGUCAUGUCAGUUGGGGCAAUCCUACAGAUCUGCGCCUACGGUGUGCCCCAGAUGAUUGUCGGCCGAAUCGUGGCCGGCAUAGGCAACGGCAUCAACACAGUGUGGCAGGGUGAAACAUCCCAGGUGAAAUGGCGCGGCAAGCUGGUCAUCAUUGAGUUGAUCCUUAACAUCGCCGGCUUCUCGCUGUCCAACUGGAUCACCUUUGCCUUCUCCUUCCUCCCUGGUGGUGUUGCCUGGCGAUUCCCCCUCGCGUUCCAGUUCAUCUUCAUCUUCGUCCUGUUCGCAACGGUGCCCUGGCUCCCGGAAUCCCCUCGUUGGCUCAUCAGCCAUGACCGGCACGAGGAAGCCCAGGCAAUCAUCGCUGACCUGGAAGACAAAGACCUCAACGAUUCCUACGUCGUCACCGCCCACUCUGAGAUCGUGGCGGCAGUCAAGUAUGAAGAACAACAUGGCGUCUCCUGGAGCGAGCUCCUCCGCGGCAAGACCGGGGACCAGAACGGGACCUGCGUGAUCCGACGGUUGAUUCUGGGGGCUGGCGCGCAAGCGAUGCAGCAGCUGGCCGGAAUCAACGUUACAUCUUACUAUCUACCAACCGUACUGAUGGAGUCGGUUGGCCUUUCGGAAAUGCUCGCCCGACUCCUCGCCGCCUGUAACUCGGUCAGCUACCUGCUGGCUGGAUGUGUCGCGAUCCCCAACAUCGAGCGAUGGGGCCGUCGCAAUCUGUUCAUGACCUGCGCCUUCGGUCAGGGUAUCUGCUACCUCCUCAUCACCGUCCUCCUUGCCUUCACCGAGAAAGAAGGGUACCCGUAUCAGACGCAGGUUGCGUCCGCGUCCGUCGCUUUCUUCUUCGUCUACUACCUUUUCUUCGGCUGUGGCUUCCAGGGUAUCCCCUGGCUGUUACCCGUCGAACUAAACUCGCUGAGCAUGCGCACCAAGGGUGCGGCACUGGGAACGGCGACGAACUGGGCGCUGAACUUUAUGGUCGUGGAGAUCACCCCGGUGGGCAUCUCUUCGCUAGGAUAUAGGUUCUAUAUCAUUUGGACGGUGAUGAACCUCUCCUUCGUGCCGUUGAUCUACUUCUUCUAUCCGGAGACGGCCAACCGCGCCCUGGAAGAUAUCGAUCUGUUCUUCCGGGAGAACCAUGGUCUGUUCGUCCAUAAUAACAAGGAGGCCGUCUCAACGCAGCGUCCGGCACGCUACGUGGAGAUUGAGCAGGAGCUCGUGCACCGAAACGCCACGUACGGAAAGAAGCAGGAGGUGAUGGAAGUUGAGGGGGAUGUGGAGCAGCGCGAGGUGGCUUAG